AUGCUCGAGGACAAUAACGGAAACAAUUCUCAACAAAUAGCGGCACUCGCCGCCGGAGUCACGGUAAAGCUACCGGAUUUCUGGAGACACGAUCCCGCGAUGUGGUUCGCCCGAGCGGAAGCACAGUUCGCCCUCGCUAAUGUUGUCCGCGAUCAUACCAAGUUUUACCACAUCAUCGCGAAAAUCGAUCAAACCGUUAUAUGCCACGUAGCGGAUUUGAUCACAAAUCCCCCCAACGAAAACAAAUACGAAGCGGUCAAAACGAGAUUAAUAUCUCGCUUUCAAAUUUCGGCACAGGCACGUUUGGAACGCCUUCUUGGAGGUUGCGAAUUAGGUGAUAUGCGACCGACACAUCUCCUAGCAAAAAUGCAGGAACUGGCUGCCGGAUUGAACGUCACGGACGAUCUGCUGAAAAUGUUUUUCCUGCAACGAAUGCCUUCGCACGUAAAAGCAAUUCUCGCCAUCAGCGAUGGAACGAUGUGGAAGCUCGCUGAAAUGGCUGACAAAAUGUUAGAAAACACCGGUUCGUCACAUAUCGUUGCAACUAGUAGCUGUUCGGAAGUCUCACCGAUAGCUGAUCUACAAGGUCAGAUCGCAACACUGACCGCGGAAAUUCAUCGACUUAAGUCAGAGCGCAGUACUUCCCGGAGCCGGUCUACCUCAAGAUCCAGUCGCAACGCUAACGACGACAUCUCUUGGUUCCACAGGAAAUUCGGUGGCCGAGCCCCUAAAUGCCGCGAUCCUUGCAGAUUCCAUUCAAAAAAACUAACGGCUCGUUCAUUCGAAACGGCGGAAGUGAACGCUAUGCCGGAAAGCCGCCGUAUACUUCUUUACGAUCGCACCUCAAAAACUAAAUAUUUAAUCGACACUGGCUCCGAUGUUUCCAUCAUUCCAGCCACCAGUAAGGACAGAAAACACGGUGCGGCUUCAUUUAAUUUACAUGCAGCCAACGGGUCCAAGAUCCACGUUUACGAUAAACGUUUUAUUACAACGGACUUGGGUCAAAGACGACGAUUCAACUGGCUUUUCUUGGUUGCGGAUGUAGGCGUACCGAUAAUCGGCGCAGAUUUUCUUGCUGCUUUCGGGAUUUUGGUAGACUUAAAAAACCGUCGCCUGAUUGACGGCCUCACCAAGCUGACUUCCACUGGCGGAUUAACCAACACACCGAUUCACAGUGUUACAGUUGUCGCAUCAGAUCAUCCUUUUCGCGAGCUACUUUCGGAAUUCAGAGAAGUCACGCUACCAACAUCAAUCCAAACAACGGUUCAAAACGACGUCACCCACCAUAUUCAAACGAAAGGUCCACCGGUAGCAACCAAGUGUCGACGAAUGGCACCUGAUAAGGUGGAUGCGGCUAAAUCAGAGUUUCAGGUAAUGAUGAAUCUGGGUAUUUGUCGGCCCUCCAGCAGCUGUUGGGCAAGCCCUUUGCAUUGCGUUCCCAAGAAAAAUGGGAAAUGGAGAUUUGUAGGGGAUUACCGGGCCUUAAAUAAAAUCACCGUACCAGACCGUUACCCCGUCCCUCACAUCCACGAUUUGUUAAACGAUUUUCAGGGAAAAUCCGUAUUCACUACCAUCGAUCUCGAGCGAGCACAUCAUCAAAUUCCGGUGGAGGAGGAAGACGUACCCAAAACCGCCGUCAUAACACCCUUCGGAUUGUACGAAUUCACUCGUAUGCAGUUCGGGCUCUGCAAUGCGAGCCAGACGUUUCAGCGAUUUAUGCAUAAGGUGUUCGGUGACAUGAAUUUCGUGAUAGUGUUCGUAGAUGACAUCUGCAUAGCAUCACGUUCAUUGGAGGAACAUUACAUGCAUGUACGAGCGGUAUUUGAAAGAUUGAAAUCCUUCGGUCUGGUUAUAAAUGUGGAGAAAUGUAGGUUUGCUGAAAAAUGCGUUCACUUCCUUGGUUAUGCGAUAAGUGCGGAAGGAAUUUCACCACUGGCAGAACGCUUAAAAGCGGUCACUCAGUUUGCAACUCCUUCCACCGUAAAAGAACUACGCCGAUUUCUCGCACUCAUUAAUUGCUACAAAAGAUUCAUCCCGCGUGCCACGGAUGUACAGCUAGAGUUGCGCCAGUUAAUUCCUGACAAUAAAAAGAACGACAACCGGAAGCUGAAAUGGUCGGAUGAAGCUGAAAAAAGCUUUUAA